AUGUCUCACCCAGCGCCUUCUGAAAAGCCAUCAAACCAAAACCCCCGGGUUUUCUUCGAUGUUGACGUCGGCGGAACGAGAGCUGGCCGCAUCGUUCUGGAACUGUUCGCCGACGUCACGCCCAGGACGGCGGAGAACUUCCGGGCGCUGUGCACUGGAGAGAAGGGAGUGGGCGCCAGCACAGGAAAACCGCUGCACUUCAAGGGCUGCCCUUUCCACCGCAUUAUCAAGAAGUUCAUGAUUCAGGGAGGUGACUUCUCCAACCACAACGGCACCGGAGGCGAGAGCAUCUAUGGAGACAAGUUUGAGGAUGAGAACUUCCACUACAAGCACGACCGAGUCGGGCUCCUCAGCAUGGCCAACGCCGGGCCCAACACCAACGGCUCGCAGUUCUUUAUCACCACCGUCCCCACGCCACAUCUGGACGGGAAGCAUGUGAUCUUCGGUCAGGUGCUGAAGGGGAUGGGCGUGGUCAAGAUGCUGGAGGCCGUCGACACCAACGAGGAUGCUCCGGUGAAGCCGUGCGUCAUCGCCGACUGUGGCGAGCACCGCGACGGCGACAGCUGGGGAUCGGCAGCAGAUGACGGAACAGGCGACGCCCACCCAGACUUCCCGGAGGACUCUGACGUGGACUUCAAAGACGUGGACAAGGUCCUGUCGGUGGCUGAAGACCUGAAGAACAUAGGAAACAAACUGUUCAAGAGCCAGGACUGGAACGCUGCCGUAGGCAAAUACGGCAAAGCUCUGAGGUACCUGGAGGUGGGCGGGGAAGUCCUGGAGGAGACACAGCAGAAGAAGCUGGAGCCCACCGCCCUCAGCUGCUACCUCAAUACUGCUGCCUGCAGGCUGAAGCUGCAGCUGUGGCAGGAGGCGCUGGAGAGCUGCAACGAGGCUCUGGAACUGGACCACAGCAACACCAAGGCUCUAUUCCGGAGAGCUCAGGCUUGGCAGGGGCUGAAGGAGUUCUCCAGUGCUAUGACGGACCUGAAGCUCGCUCACGGGAUCACACCUGAGGACAAAGCCAUCAGCAACGAGAUGAAGCGAGUGCAGCUGAAGGUCCAGGAGGAGAAAGAGAAGGAGAAGAAGAUCUACGCCAAAAUGUUUGCCUAAAAAUCCUCCAGACGCAGACGUGGUUGCUGUGUCUGGGAAGACCAGGUGACCACGCCGCUACAGGUCUGGAGCUGAGGAGCAACACUGAUCUGAGCUUCAGUCGCGUUCACAGAUUCAGCUCCAUCAAUGGUGAGGAGUCCUGCGGCGUUCUGUUUUCACCACGUCAGGUGCAGCAGCAUUUAUCGCUAGAGAAGAAAUCAAUUGUUCAGGUUCCAAAGAAACAGGAUGUAAAAUGUGCUUUUAAUACUCCUCUGCUUCCUGUUUCUCACUGGUUUGCACUUCACACACCACCUCGGGGCGACCUGUGACCUCUUAAUGUUUCACAUGACAGCGUUUCCACAGGUAGCCGUUAGCUUGAUGCUUUAUCCCACUCCGUCCAUCGCUCAGGUGCAUCAGCCGUUCAGACCACGUCCCAGUAAGAGUCAACUUUGUUGCCAGUAGUCCCCUCUGAUGGAGUGUGAAGGUCAUGUGAUGCGGACUGUUCCUUGGAAAUCUUUAGUUUACAGCGCUGAGUUGUCAGUUUGUUGUUUAUUGAUGUUACUCUGUACAAAACUGCAAUAAACU